AUGACUGAAAUGGUGGGACCAUUCACAGUCUUUUCCAUGGUUGUCUAUGUCCUGUUGUGCUCCCUGGGAAUCAUGGCUAAUGGCUUCAUUGUUGUGGUACUGGGAAGGGAGUGGGUUCGAUGCCACCGGCUGUCUUCCUGUGACAUGAUCCUGAUCAGUUUGGGUGCUGCCCGCUUCUGCCUGCAGUGGGUUGGAAUGAUACGCAACUUUUACUAUUUUCUUCACCACCUUCAAUAUUUCAAGGAGCCUGCUCAACACGUCUUUGGGAUUUACUGCGAUUUUCUGAGUUCAGUCACAUUCUGGUUUGCCACUUGGCUUAGUGUCCUCUUCUGUGUGAAGACUGCAAACUUCACUCACCCCAUUUUCCUUUGGCUGAAGUGGAGAGUCAAAGGACUAGUACCUUGGUUCCUACUAUUCUCUCUGCUAAUUUCUUUCAUCAUCACCAUGCUUUUCUUUGCAGGGAACAAGAUUUUGUACCAGGCAUUCUUGCAGGGGACAUUAUCUGGGAAUAUAACCUUAUAUAGUUUCACUAGGGAACUAGAAAUUCACUAUUUUUUCCCUUUGAAACUCAUUACUUUGUCUAUCCCCUCUUCUUUGUUUGUUUUCUCCAUAGUUCUCCUGAUAGCCUCUCUGCAGAGACACUUCUGGAAAAUGCAACAUAGUGCCAACAACGCCCAGGAUUCUAGUAUUCAGGCUCACACCAGAGCUCUGAAAUUACUGGUCUCCUUCCUAGCCCUUCAUAUUCUUUCUUUUAUGUCUUUUAUCAUCAAUGAUUCCUUUUUUGGCUUUGAGAGUAUCUGGUACUGGCCAUGGCAAAUUGUGAUUUACCUGUGCCCAUCUGUUCAUCCCUUCAUCCUUAUCCUUGGCAACUCCCAGCUAGACGGGACACUCAUGAAGCUUCUUAUUCUGCCUAAAAUCUUCUGGAAUGGCAAGGGGACAUUGUCUCCUACCUAA